GGAACGUCAGCCGUUUACAUGAAACGCCGUUCUGGACCUCACCGCUCCGUCGCUGAAUAGAACGGCCCAAGACCAAGAACACCAACAACGGAGGGCAGCGAGAUGGACACUGACACGGACGCCAGUCCCGAAAGGGCCAACUCUCUGACUUUGCACGGCACCAGGUCCCCUAGACCGCGCGUGACAGAUCCGCUGCUAGCGGCACCGAUAGAUCCUGACUUGGUCGAACCGGAGGCGCAGACGUUGAGCGCGAGCAGGAGGAAGCUGCUUUGGGCUGCUGGGCCGGGGAUUCUGCUCUGUCUCUUCACCAUCGACUUUGACAUGCUCUUCCUAUCGACAAACUAUAGCAAGCGCAUUGCCUCUGAUCUCCACGAGCUGGACAAUGCUGUCUGGGUCAUCUUGCUCGGGUCCAUCAUGGAAACAGCCAGCAACCCCUUUUAUUCGCGCCUCGGUGACUUGUUAGGACGCCGGCGUGCUGCACUGCUGGCGGCAUUUCUGACUGCAGUUGGCCUCCUCCUUUGCUCGCUAAGCAGCCGGCUCUGGCAGCUGACGCUGUCACGCCUGGUAGUCGGGUCUGGCUCUGCUGGGUUCCCGCUCCUUGUCGCCAUCAUGCUGACCGACAUCGUCCCACUACAAGACUUUGCACUUUGGCGCAGUCUGAUAGUCUGUGUCCAGGCCGUCGGCGACGUGACGGGUGGUCCGGUUGGUUCUUCCCUGGCUGACAAGCUUGGCUGGCAUUGGGUCUUUCGCGUCGAGUUCCUAGUCAUGGCAGUAGGAUUUGGCCUUGUCUUCGUUACACUCCAUCUCCCUGCCAAGUCGCAAGAGAGCAUGAAUGCAACGAGGAGCAGCGAUGGCUUUGAUGCCUUGGGCCCGGCCUUGGUCUUCACAACCAUCGCACUGCCACUCUUCGCGCUAAACACGGGGGGCAGUAUCCUACCAUGGACGCACCCAGUCGUCGUCACCCUGCUGGCCUGCACCCCCCUUGCUGUCGCAGCAUGCUACUGGUCGCAAACUCGGAGCGGCGUGACGCCUUUUAUCCGUGUUGCGCUUUUCAAGAACCGCGCCGUCAUCGCCUUGAUGAUGUGCGUGUUUUGCCUUGUCUUUUCUUUCAGCGCGCUCCUCUAUAACCUCGCACUCUAUAUCGAAGCGCGUUCGUUCCACCAUCCUUCGUCCUUUGGGGACUGGGCCCUCUCUUGCAUCGUCUUUGCGAGACCCAUUGGCUCCGUUCUCUCAGGCUUCGCAAUCAAGCAGUACCGAGCGCCGUGGAGGAUGCUUCAGUGGGUUGUUGUGAUCUAUUUCGUCUUAUACAAGGCUAUAGCCGCCGGUCUUGUCCCACUCGAGCGUCCCGAAUGUGCAUCCUACCUUUUUAUCUUCGGUCUCAGCAUCGGAGUGAUCGAGAACUGCCUCGUUGUGUCGCUACUAUCUACCACCGGGCCACAAGAUCGGCCAUCACUCCUGGCCAUCUUCAAUGUCGUAACCGCUCUGGCAAGCGAUGUGGGCAUGGGCGUGACUCUGUCUUUGACGCAGAGGUUCAUCCGGUCCGGCUUGCAGUCUCGUCUCGGCGACGGUCCCGAUACAGCAAAGAUCAUUCAGCGGGCGGUCAAAAGCCUUGAGAGUAUCCGCGGUUUAAGCCCCGAACUGCAAUCUAAGGUCAUUAGUAUCUUUGUUGGUUCUAUUGAAAAGGUUCUAGAGAUAUCCUGCGCCGCGUUUCUAGUCGGCGUUAUUGCGGUCCUAUGUACCCGAGUCGAGUACAAAGAGGAGCAGGAUGUGAAUGAAGAGGAAGACCACCAGCAGAGAUAGUCAGACGGACCCUGGAACAAUAUUUAGUACAGUGAGUAGUGGUCAGAUUAAACUACUUACUAACCUUUAGAAUUCCGCUCAGGAAGUCAGAUGGGUUUCGUCCUCCCUGCCA